AUUUACGGUCUCGCCGGCCGCCAACCUGCAACCGUCGUUGUCGUCGUCGUCGUCCGCGUUCGCGUGGUCCGAGUGUGUGCGCGCGCGCUGUGUGUUCAAAAUCUUGCGCGGAACUUUUUUUUGUUUUUGUUUUUUGCCUGCUACUAAAAGUGCGUUGUGUACUUUGCAAAAGACGCCGCCCUAGAAAUUUUUUUUCAACGCACACGCUGCACGUAGUAUAAUAUUAAUAAAUACCUACUUACACGUUAUAAUAGUGUCGGGCCCGACGUAAGAAAAUACAUAUUAUUUUCAAAUUUUAUUUUAUCUGAGUUUUGGAUUACACUUAGCGACGUGUCUCAAACGCACUCGCCGUCUUCUGGUUCACGCUCACCGGUCAUGUGGAACAAAUCGUUAGGCGUAAAAACGUUUAAUCAACGUGACUGUCAGCCAUCAUAUACAUAUUUGCAGCAGACGCGGUUUAAUGGAUAUCGACGCACAUAAUUCAGACGAGCCAAGUCGGUGCACGAUGUACCAAAUUGAAUUAUUGCCGUCUCGUAUCUUGUUUGCAUACGACAGUUGUUCGUACGUCAGUUCGGACAUGUGUGUUUCCGCGUUGAAAAUGUGAUUGGGUGCACAACCUGCAGGUGGAAUACCGUUUGGACAGAAAUCCCAUUUCACAAUAUUAUGGACGUUGCGUCCACCGAUUACCUUAAGACUGCACUGUAUUCGGGAGACAACGGCCCGGACACGGGUAACCGAGACAGCCUCCGACUAAUGGAGCUUGGGCUCCACCUGGAGACCCUUCACGACGGAUCACAUCGGAUCAACACGUCAGUGGAUCAUUUGCUGAACGACCCGUCUCUGUCAGAGAGGAACAACAACGAAUUCACAUUCGCAAACAACAACAAUAACAACAGCAACAACAACAACAAUAACAACAAUAACAACAACAGUUUUGAAACGAUUAUUAGCGGCGACCACGGCUUUGACUUGGACUGCGCGCCCAGCUCGUUCGCGGACAAGUCAGACAUAGUGGACCAAUGGCGGACGUUAAACACGGAUGGAGCCAUCUACACGGUGGAAGUGGUGAACAACUCGGACGGCGGCGUCGGCGAACCACUGUGGUGCAUGCCUGCACUCACCGAGCACCACCAGGACACCAACGCGGUGAGCAACUUCGACGAGACGCUCUUGUCGAUGAACGGCGCCGAAUCCACAGACCCGGUAGGCACUGGCAGGUACAUCAAACAGGACUCUUUGCGGGAGUACAUCAAACAGGAACCGUUGACGGAGUACAUCAAACAAACAGAACCGCUGCAGGAUUACAUCAAACAGGAUUCUGCAGAGUAUACAGGUGAUGAGCUUCUCCGGAACGCAUUGCUGGGCAAAACCAAUCAUAACCACCACCAAAGAUACGGUGACAAGGACGUCAAGCCAUCGGUGUCGACCGCAUCGGACAGCCAAAACUCGUCGCCGGGACCACAGUCCAUGCAAGAUGUCACGUCAUACCCGUCGACAUCCACCGUGGAUAUGCAAGACGUGCUAGCAACGACUAGCAACUGCAGCAACGGCAUCAACGGCAACACGAUCGUCAUGAUCGACGACGACAUGCCAUCGAUGUCGCUAUUGGUGGCCGGCGACGGGGCCUCAGCACAGAACGUCGAUGAUCUCCUCUUGCCAGACUUUGACUUCCAAUACAUCGAUGGCCUGGAUAGCGACAUGUCUCAGUCGUUCCAGCAGUACUGCCCCACUAGUCAGGGGUUCGUAUCCUUCAUCGCCGCAGAGGUGGCGAACAUAUCGCAAAUCCCGGCCACGGUAGUGCUGGACCACCGGGAACUGGAACAGGUGUCAACAUCAUCUUCGUCGUCCCCGCCUGUUCGGCCGGCUAAAAAAUACAACCGUCGUUCACACCACGCUAACGGCAAGACGAAACAGUCGGCCGGCGGCGGCACCGGAACGUCGAUCGCUGGUUCCGGCGGUGGAGGACCGGCCUCGGUGUCAGGUGACGACCAGCCGGCCGGGCACCCACCCGCCAAGAAAGAACGGUCGCUACACCACUGUCACAUAUGCAGUAAAGGCUUCAAAGACAAGUAUUCGGUGAACGUUCACAUACGCACCCACACCGGUGAAAAGCCGUUCAUGUGCACCGUGUGCGGCAAGAGCUUCCGGCAAAAGGCUCACCUGGCCAAACACCAGCACACACACACCACGCCUGCCAAACCGGCGCAAUCGUUAUCGUCCGUCACGCAAUCCGUUAAAGGCAGUGGUGGUGGCAGCCGAAGGUCCACGUCCAGAUAGCCCGGACUGGGGCCGACUAUCACCACCACCGAGUCACCGUCAUCACCAUCGCCACACUCACCAACGACACUACCACCAUUUACCACCAAUCAUAUACCAAUACCAACGUCCAAAACCACCACCAUUGACCUCAGACCUAUCAUUCCUACAGCUUCCCGGAAACGCGCCGAAAACGAACGAUGAAAAAAUCGAACGUAUUCCUCAUCCGCGGAGUUGUACUUACAUCCGUUUUGUGCGCAUAGCGUGCAAAAUAAUAUUAUUAUUAUGAUUAUUAUACGUAUAUAAAAGCGAUCGUCGUGUGUUUACGUAUCGUAACGUACACACCACACACGCGAGCUUUAUUUCGACGACUCGGCCAAUCUUUUUCUCCACCCGGAGAAAUCGUUUCUAAUGUGAUGAUUGAUAAGUUAACCUCAUUAAAAAAUAAUAUUAAUGUAAUAUAAUCGCUUUACGAAUCAAAAUAUUCAAGAGUAUUGUUUUUUUUUACGUGUAACUUUUUUUUUAUUAUAAUUUUUAAGUUUAUAUACGCCGUGUACAU